CCUCCCUCCCGCCAUGGCCGACGCGCUGACCGACGCGCACCGGCGCUUCCUGCAGGCGCUGCUGGCCCGCGGGGUGGUGGAGGCGGCCGAGGCGGAGCGGCUGCGCCGGCUGUGCUGCCAGCGGCACCCGGCCCCCGGCGCCGGCGAGCAGCUGGACGACUUCCUGGCCGCCCUGAACGCGCAGCUGCAGCCGCUCUCCAUGGAGAUCCGGAAGGGCUCGGCGGAGGACAGCGGGGGGACCUACCUGGCCCUGGUGAACCUGGCAGAAACCGACAUCACCAAAAUGGCCAGCGACUUCUCUGAAAACGAGCUGGAGCUGUUCAAGAAGACGCUGGAUCUGAUCCUGAUGUCCGGGAACGGCUUUGCAUCGUCCACCGAGAUCUUGAACUUGGCUGACCAGUUGAAGCCAAAGAAAAUGAAGAAAAUGGAGGUGGAGCAAGUGCUUCAACAGCUGGUGCAGAAGAAGUGGCUGUGUGAGAAAGAAGGGGAGUACACCCUGCACAUCCGCAGCAUCCUUGAACUGGAACAGUACAUCUUCCGCCAUUACCCGGAGUCUGCCCGGAAAUGCCACAUCUGCCACAGCCUUUCUGUUCAGAGUCAAGUGUGUGAGGACUGUGGAAUUGUGCUCCAUUGCUCUUGCCUUUCCAAGUACUUCCAAGCACAACCAGAGCCCCGUUGCCCUCACUGCAAGCAGUUUUGGCCUCACCAAAUUCCAGACCUCCAUCCUCCCAGCCAGUUGCCCUCGAGCGCCAGGAGAGAGAGCAGGAAAGCCUCCAGGACAGGCUCCAGGCACCAGCAAUAGCAGCAGCACCAACAGCCUCUGACCUCUCGGACGACACGGAGGAGCAGGUUCUUUCUCUGGGCGCACCUGGACAAAGUGGGGCUGUGCAGGGGUUAAAAGCUAAAAACUGCAAGGGCAGCCAUUUUGCCUUCCUUUUUGCUUUGAUUGUGGUUGGGCAGUUGGCCUGCCACUUGUUUGCUGCCUAUGGAGCACUGUCCUCAACAUUUCUCCUUUAUAAGGGGAAUCAUCGCUGUAGACGGGGUUAUAUCUCACUUGGCGCAACAGGACAUGUCUGAGCACUUACUCCACUCACCCAGUGGGCCAUCCCUGCCUCUUCUCUCCCUAAAGACAUUUUGCUGUUGGCAUUACUCCCCCCCCUGAGCUGGUGGGACUUGAGUGGGUGGUAGAUCCAUUAGGGAAUUUUAAUACUUCACCCAAGAGCUUGUUUGCUGCCUAUGGAGCACUUUGGGACUCUGCAGGAUGAUUUGCUUAAGCCUUAAUGUUGGUAGCUGCGAGUGAGGUGUUUUCUACUGACAAAAUAAACUUGGGACUGAAUAUC